AUGUUUUUGCAUAUAAAAGUGUAUUUCGUCGGAUUUAUAUAUUUUUUGGGUGUUUUGUUCAUGAUUUUAUUUCCACCUCGAAACUUUGAACAAUCAGGAACAAAAAUGAGAAGAGUUAGAAGCAUCGGCAAUGUCUUAAAAUAUAAGAAGUAUAUUGAUUACGAGACUAUGUUGGAUGUAGUACAGCAUAUGACUACAGAGGAUCCUGAAAUGGUAGACGUAGUGAACUUGAGACCUAACACAGCUGCUAAUAACAGUCUUAUAGCUCUCGAAUUACACAGCGACGUUCAUAGCAAGAAACCUGGAAUACUUGUAAUUGGAACUAUCAAUGGAAUGGUGUGGGGCGGAUCAAACACUGUACUCGAAUUAGCUGAAAAGCUUCUUUACGACACGAAUUAUCAAACGCCAUUUUUUAAUGACUAUGACUGGUAUCUUAUACCGAUUGCGAAUCCAGACGCACUCAACUUUACGACAAGUCUUCGCGAAUAUACUUCAGUAGAUGCUACAGAAUGGUCACGUAACGUUUCCGCUAGGUCUAAAACCAAGCCUUCAGAAUGGCACAAAAAUAUUGACGAAGAAACUGGAGGACAACAGUGUUUUGGAACAAAUAUUAAUAGAAAUUUUGCGUAUCAUUGGCAAGACGACGUUUACAAAACGCCUGCGCUUUGUUCACAGUACUACCCAGGUGCAAAGCCUUUUUCAACUGCAGAAGCACGAGCAAUAAGGAAAUAUGUUCACAAUCUGGCUGAUAUCGUUCAUUUGGCGAUACAUUUGCAUGCCAGUUUCGUACCUAAAAAAGAAUUUAUUUUGUACCCAUGGCGAUAUACCUCACGUCAGCCGAGCAACUUUCAAACGUUACAAGAGAUUGGAGAAUAUGCAGCAAGGCAAGCAAGGCUUCCCGAUGGUAGACUUUACGAGGUGCAUCAAGGCAGCAGUGACGCGCGGGUCGCUGGUUCAUUAAGUGAUUACAUCUCAGGAGUGAUUGGCACAGACUUGGUAUUUGUAGUGAAACCUUAUCACGAAAAGUUUCCUAAUUAUACGGAUACUGUUUCACUAGAAACCUAUGUUCAGAAAUCUAUUUCGGCUAUUCUUAGUUUAGUCCGAGGCUGGCGAAGUAAUACUAAACAAAAUACUCUUUCAUUUUUUGGUAAAGACGUUGAAUUUUGA